AUGCCGUUUUCUCCGUUUUUGCUAGCUGCCUUGAGCCUCCUCCCGCCAAUUCAUGCCUCGCCCUCCCCACCGGUCCCCGAACCCAUUCAAGUGGUCGAGCUACCUUUACCCCCUGUCAUUUCCAGCAGGGCUGAGGGUGCCUGUACGGCAGCCAUCAACCCGCGUCGGACCGGAUGUAUCCAUCAAGUCUUUGACGAGUUUCAAGCGGGCGAUUUUACACCGGACGGCAAUCAUGUCAUCGUCAAUAUCGAAUUUGUUGGCGCUCCUGCUGCCCCAGACCCGGCAAGCAUCUACUCAGGUGAACAAGUGAUACUUAUCAAGGCGGAUGGCAAGACAUUUCCCAACGGAGAUACGUGGAAGUGCCUAAGCUGCGGAGUUCCUGCUAGCAAUGCACAGUCACUGGAUCCCGAGAGAGACUAUCCUCAUGUCGCCCAAAAUGGGAAACAGGCCCUUUGGGGCCACAAUAUACUCGACUGCGGCGACGCACCUCUUGCCAGCAGCCAAUGCACACCGAAUAAAACCCAUAUCUAUCCCAUCCACUGGCCGACAUCAGUCGACGGCUCUGGCAGAGGUGGUAUCCCUAGAGAAAUGCGUCUCCAUCCCGAUGACAUCCAUAUGGGUUGGAGCUCAUUUACAACAAAUGGUGGACAAUAUACGUAUUUCGGUCGACUCCAAUUCAAUCGGAAUCCCACGACAGGGUUGCCCCUUGCACCACGAUAUGAUCUAGUGGACGUGGACAUUCUCAUUCAGCCAAACGGUCCGGCCCCUAUUAUGGCCAACGGAACCGAGCUUCAUUUGCAUGACAAUGCUAUAUCUGUCGGAGAGUUGCGCGGUUUCAGCGGGGCUGGCGACGAGAUCCUCUACAUUGGGUCACCGCGGGAAGCCAAUAACAUCGACGUCUUUGCUGUUCACAUCAUUACCGGGGCUGUCCGUCGCCUGACGAGCCAUCCCGAAUAUAUCGAUCCGAUGGCCUUUUCUCACGACAACAAUUGGUUCGUCGGUAUGGACACCCGUGGCUCUAACCGUCAGAUGUGGAUGGCCGGCAUGCGGUAUAUCCCACCCUUGAUCGACCUUGUUACGGUAACAGCAGCCUCAUCUACUCGUAACAAUGGCCCCCGCCGUUUCUUCCAGCCUAUAUUGAUCGACCGUUAUGGUGACCGUGGUGAUUAUUUCGGUCAACGAGUUAACGCAGCCGGGGACGGCAGCAACGGUAGUAUAAACGAUCCUAACUGGAAUGGGCGAGCAGAUCCCGCAUUCUCUCCUGAUAGCACCCAUAUCGUUUAUUGGCAGGCACUGGUCGUCUCUCCUGCUUGUGGGGGUGCGAACCCUCUGCCUUGCCCUGUUUCAACUGCGCCUGGGGGUCGAACAUACCGUGUCAUGCUAGCCUGUCUCACCAAACGCCGCCCUCGGCAACCUGCUCCCAUUUUUAAAAUUCCAGGCAGAAUUCCCUGGGCGACUCCAUUCCCUCCCGGUGCUUCGAUUCCUACUGAGUAUACUUUGCCGGCAGGUAACUACUCGCUCCACGGGAAGGUCCACGGAGUGGCGCACACGAGCAUCACCUCCGACCCGACCUAUGGUGGACACCAGACUGUCUCGGUUGAGUAUGAAAAUUAUUCGGACGAAAAUGGUUAUUCCAUUAAUGGAACCGAGUCUGUCACCCUCACCAGAACACCGUCGCGGCCUUGGCUGAGCAAGCUUGAAUGGUAUUCAGACCUGUACGAGAUUGGAGUUGUUACAGCAACCAAGAAGACUGGACCUGGUGGAUUCAAUUUGACCAUCGAUGCUCAGGCAAACAUCUUUGAAGCAGAUGGUACAUUGACUACUACUAUAGACGGCGUUGUAUAUAAGCAGCCUGCAAAUGGCACUUGA